AGUUGGGAGGGAAGAGGGGAGAGGAAAGGGUCUUUAUAAGUCCCGGAGAGGAAGGUUUGGGAGGUAGGACUCCUGGGGUUUUGCUGCUGGAGAGAUGCCAACUCAUCAGGGUUUUCCAGGGUGAUCCAUCAAGGGGUGUUUUUGUACAUGCGCGUGCAUACACACAUACACACACUUACAUCUGCUGGCUGGCAGCAGUAAAUCCCUCAAAGCUGCACACAGCUCAGCCACGGGACACAGCAGGAGGGAGUAAAACGUGCCGGCGCGGGCGCCGUGGAGCUUCGCCCCAGGAAACAAUCUCUAAGACUUUUCACACGAGCAAGCGAUCGGACCACAGAGGGCAAGGAGGGAGGAGGAGGUGGUGGUGGUGGCUAGCACAUUGUGGGGGCAAUCAGGGCACCUCCCAGGGUCAGCGCCCUGUAAAGAGAAAGAAGGGGGGGAGGAAAGGAAGGGGGAGAUCCUGCUCUCCACAAGCUGGCAUUGGAUUCUAGCUGGCAGGCAGGAUGAGAGGUGGACACACGGAUAGAGACGGUGGGUAUCUCGGCAUGGUGACCAUGAUGUGCAGAUGGGCAGCUGGUAAGCCAGAUCAGGGUUGAAGGAGGGGCACCAGCAUGCCAGUUGGACCCCUCAGCCAUUCUAUGGGCUCACCCCCCCCUUUACUCCUUAUUUACUUUCUUGCUAGCUGUGUGACCCUCGUGAAGACCAGUUCCGUAUGUAGAUGUGUACGGAGAGAAGAGGCUUGUUGUUUUAAGCCCCCUUCCCCCAACAAGUGCAAUGCCGCGCUGGGAGACAUAUUCUUUCACGUGUACUUCCUCCCUCCCCAGGAUUUCUCGAGCUGAUGCUAACCUUGACCAUCCAUAUCAGCGUUCAAGGGUUGUUUCUUUCUCACUGCCACGUGCAUUAUUUUAUUUUGCUUUGGAGAGCGUUCUGUUCCCGUACGUUCGCUUGGGGCUUGGUUUGUUCCUGAUGACUCCAACCACUGGGACGCCCGCUUGGUGCUGGCUUCUGCGUUUGGGGGUUGGAUUGUUUUCAUUUUGUUUGGGCUAUGACUGCAGUGGGCUGGCUGAGUCUGGGCUUGUAUGCUUGGAAGUAAAGUCCAAAAAAACCUAGUGAUGUUCACUCAAGUCUGCCUAGGGCCACAGCCUGAAUAUUGAGUACUAGCUGAUCCCAGCUCCAUUUCAUUAUAUUCCUUUUAGCCUUUGAUCACAAAGAGCACUGAACCAUAUUAGUUACAAACCUAGCGGCUAAGUUUGGUUGCAUGGUUUGUCGGUGAGAGGAUUAUGUGGACCCAGGCUUUGGUUACCUGAUGGGUACAGUACAUACAUAAUACAUGCAAAAGAAUAAUGCAGGUUAAGUAUAUUGUGUGAACCAGCAUUGAAGUACUUUGUAUUUUGAAACAGUUUUCAUCCCUGCAAGAGCUGGUGGAGCCAGAAUUAGAAAACAAGGCUCAUAUGUUCAGCUUUAUGCAUUAGGUGACAUUGGUCAUGGAGAGGCAUUAACAGGUUUUGGGGGAUUGGGGGAGCAGUUUUGGAGGUAAUUUCAGUGUCACUCAGGAAGAAUCAUUGUACUUAAGCGCCAGGACUAAAGCCAAAGGAGGAAUGGAGACAGAAUGUUUAUCAUUUUUAUUUUCCACUAUCAUUCCACAUAUUUUAAGUAAUUUCAGCAGUAUUCCUUCUAUACCAUGUUCUCUGCAAUUAUUUAUCCUCAAUAUGCAUUUUAUUCUUGUGGCACCCUUGUUGAGGUAGUUCAUUAUUCCCAUUUUACAGAUAAGGAAAACUGAGGCUUAAAAAAUGGCCACAGGCUAUUCUGGUGAAUCCUGUGACUGGGUCAAGAUUUGAUCCAGCAGUUGUUAAUUGCAAGUUUCAGGCAGUUGUGGGGGUGGAGCUGGGCAUUGAAAGAAGAGAGGAGGGAGAGAAGGAGAAGAAGAGGGAGGGAGGAGAGAAAAUAUCUAGGGAUCAAUCUGUGUGGGGCAUCUCUUCAAAAUUGGGAGCUGUAUGUGGGUUUAAUCUAGUCAUGGGGCGUUGGGAGGGACUCGCCCAGUUUCAGGGCGCCAGGUUGGUGUUGCCACAGCCUGUCAGCUGGGCCUGGACCUCUCUUCCACGUGUCCAGGCAGCGUCAGAGUUCAGGUAUGGAGCACCACUCCCAGGCCUGCCUGAACCUCACUGUGUGGGUUGGGCGCCUGUAAAGUAGACAGCCAUCUAGGCUUUGAGAGACCUGAUGAUUCUGUGUUGGGGGUGGGUGGGGGCUGGGACAGGCAGCCCGGGUGCAGUGGAGAGAGGGUGCAGGGUUGUGUGUGUGUGCAUGUAGGUAGGUGGCAGGAGACAAGUCAAGGGGGAGGCUUGAAGAAAUGUUUAAAUCCUCUCCCACUCACCCCCUGGCUCCAUCCUCUGUUUUAGCCUACUCAUGAAUGAUUUUCUCUGCAGUCUUCUGUAAACAAUCUGGGGCAGCCAAAGGACAGUCUGUGUGUGUGGGGGGCGGCAAUGGACCCUUUUUGCCCCAGAUUUAGGCACCAGGCAGGAGCAGAUCAGACACCACGGGAACCUGAGCCAGUGGAUUCAGGGGGCAGAAUGCUCACAUGGGGGGAAAAAAUUCUGCUUUUGCUAUACUGUCCCCCUGUUCAAUGUUCUGGGGUGUGUCUCAGUGUUAGGGUUGGUGGGGAAUUAGUGUCCUUGAAAUGCUAGUUAGCUGUUUCUCUGAAAACUCGGACAGAGUCACCUCUGGCUGCUGCCUCGUUUGGGCUCCAGGCAGGCAGGUGAAGGGGCAGCAGAGGAACAGGAGCGCUGAAGAAGCCGAUCAGAUAUGGCUGAGUGCCACAAGGGUCAGCUGGGGUAAAGCCGCGCUUGUAUGUUGCUGGUGAACCACAGGCGGGCCGUUGGGGCUGGAGAAAGUAAAGGAUGGGACCUGGGCAAGUUUCAGCAGUUCCACACUACAGAUGUCAGUGAUUGCGUUUCACAACCUCAGUGAUGCGGUAUACGGAUAUACCAUUGUAUAGUCUAUGUCCCAUAAGAAUAUCCUAGGAGUAUAAGAAAUAGCUAAGUAAAGACACACUUUACACCAGUCAGAUACAUGGCCAGAUCUGCAGUGUGAAGAAAGCUCAGAGCAAUCAUAAAGACCCUGGGGGCUGAUUGGCACAUUUGCAGAAAGAGAUGGGAAGAUCUAGCACCUUCUCCCCUAGGUUAAUUUGCUCCUAGGGGAGUGCAAAAUCUUUCAGAUCUGAACCCUUUCCGAUUCGAGCUGCCCCGUUUUGAGUUUGAAACAGUGGCUUAGAGGGUGAAUCGGGCUGUUCUGAUCAUGUGGAAGCGUUCCAAAUUCAGAACAGAACUGAUUGAAGCAACGUGAUACAAGCAGGCGGCUUUGAAUGCAAAACAGGUAGAAUUUUGAAGGCCUAACCCAGCAGAAACUUCGUUUUGAGUUUGCAUCAAGCUACCAAGGAGAUCGCAGGCGGAGCGUAGGACAGCGUUAUCUACAGCAAACGGUAGAGAUGCCAAAAUAACACCAUGUGCCUGGUGACACCAUCACACAACUGCCACCAUUUAUGUGUUUGUAUCCUGACAUCUGAUGCAAGGGUGUGUUAUCAAAGACAAGGAACGUAAGAUGGAGGAUGACCUGAGCGUUUCAAGACCUGGGCACUGCGCAUAUCUGGGGUCCCUCCUGUGGGAGCGCACCUUGCCCUACAAUGAGAUUGAAUACGUUGACUUGGAUGAAUUUUUGCUGGAAAAUGGCUUGCCCCCAAGUCCAGCCCAUCAGUCCUAUUCCCCAGGCAGCCAGCCCACUGCCUCGCCUUCCAGUGGGGUCGUGGUGGAUCUUAGUCGCCCUGCUUCCUGUGCAUCAUCGUCUUCGAUCUGUUCUUCGUCUGGGGAAGGCCUAGUGGGUAGCGAUUAUGACCAGAACUGCAGCAAGACAGGUCCUAUCACGCCUGUAUCCCGAAGCACACCCAGCCCAGUAGACCCUGAGGCUGUGGAGGUCCUCAUGAACUUUGACCCUGACCCUGCUGAUUUGGCACUGUCCAGCAUUCCAGGCCACGAGACCUUUGACCCCCGCAAGCAUCGGUUCUCGGAAGAGGAACUUAAGCCCCAGCCAAUCAUGAAAAAGGCACGGAAAAUACAGGUUCCUGAUGAUCAGAAGGAUGAAAAGUAUUGGAAUAGGCGGUACAAGAACAAUGAGGCAGCAAAACGCUCGAGAGAUGCUCGCCGCCUGAAAGAGAAUCAGAUCACUGUUCGGGCAGCCUUCCUGGAGAAGGAGAAUGCGGUCCUUCGCCAAGAAGUGGCCAACAUCCGCCAGGAACUAACCCGCUACCGCAGCAUCCUCUCUAAAUAUGAAUCGCAGCACGGCACCUUGUAAAAUCCGCAGCAGGGUGUUCUGCUCUUCUCCAAUAUCCGCCACCAAGGUGGAAGGGCCACCCUGGUUUUUCAACCCAGACCCCCGUCUUCCCGACCCGGGCAAACAAAUAAUCCAACACCAGAUGUUUGGAACAAGGGAAAGGUCUGCGGCGAGCACUUUCCACCUGCAGGGACUAACUGUGGUUCUGGGUGCACAAAGGAGAGUUCCUGGGUUGGCAUGGCCUACCCCUCACCCAGAACAGGACAGCAGCCGAGAUGUUGGACUGGGCGUCGUAGAUACCUGGAACACACAAGGGCUUUGUAGCACGUUGGAAGAUGUAUUGCACACACAUACACGUACAUGUACACGCACAUUCUCUCUAGACCUAUAUCCUAGAGUUUGGCUUUUUGGUGAACUUUUCUAUCCAAAGGGCAGAAUUCAGUCACAGACCGUCACAUCUGCAUACCUCUGUCCUGUAUGGCAUUGGGAUGGGCCUUGGAUAUGGAUGACCCAGGAGCCCUUCAGGCACAUCUCGGUGCCUGGGCUCGGUCACACACACAUAUUUUUUCAGCAGAUGAUUGCACACAGUUUAACCCUUUUUCAUUUCAUCCAUCGACUCUGGAGUUAUGGUUAAGGGACACGUAAGCCAAUGCAAGCCAGCUACAAAAGUGGAUGUGAUAUCCAGGUUUUCUGGGCUCACCCCCACCCCCCAACCCCAGUUAAACCACUAUGACUCUACAUGCCCCUCUCAAGCCUAGGAGUCUUGGACACCCUGAAUGAAAGAUCCUUCCUCUUGAGACCAGUAAACACCAGGACUCUACUGUCUACAGAACGCCAAAUUAAAUCAAACGGGUUGCACACACUCAUUUUAUUUCCACACUUGGCCGAAGGGGGCUUUACAUCUGAUGGCAAGACUAGGGGUUCUUAGUUUAAUUAUUACAAUUAUAUUAUUCUCUCUGUUUUUAGUUAAAAAGGCAAGUGAUUGAGUCUGUUUCCUCCUAGCACUGCCCAGCGUAGUGUCAUGUGUACAGAAAUGUUAAAACACGAGACCUCAUUUGUGACCCUCCUAAAUAUGAAAUCUAUAUAAAUACAUACAUACAUAUAUAUAUAUAUGUAUAUAUAUAUAAAGUUUUGUUUCAUCUCUUUUUUGUAAAA